AUGUCCAUUGAGGGGCUUCGAUACAUUUUUUAUGGUUGUAAGGAUGUUUUAGGGAAUAGGCAUUCUUUCAACAGACGUGCCUCUUUUCUAUUGUCAUUUUUCAUCUCACUAUGUCUUCUAAUUUGGUAUAACCAACAUGAAGAUACAGCAAAGUUGUCUUCUAUAAAAUAUAGGUAUACUGAGUAUGAAAGUCAAUUGAAACUAGGAAGUUCGAGUCAGUUAUUUGGCAGGAUUACUUCAAAGGCAUAUAAAAUGGAGCAGGAAAAUAACCGCCAGCAACAAUGGAAAAACUUGCUAUUCUGGAAACCUUUAACGGUAGAACAACUAGAAUACAAUACAUUGCCGUAUUGGAAUGCUGCUUCUGAUUUAGAUAGAUGUAGUCUUUUAGUGAAAGCUCUGUAUGACGGCGAUCCAAAAUGGAACAAUAGUGAAAUAUUAGUCUGGAAUAAAGACAUGGCUAUGAAAAAAUACAGUUUGUUGCACCCGGUUGAAAGAAUUCGAAUGUAUAACCAUUGCUUUUUAGAUAAAGGGGUUGACGUGAUACAGGUUUUUAAAAAGCUUGGACUAGAUGAACAUAAUGCUACUGAGUUUAACCAUAGGAUGUUUCCAAUGUUUCAAUUUGUGAAUGUCACUUCAGAUCAAUACUUGUAUCCAAAACUUACCGAUUUGAGAACGGGUAAAGUUAUAACGAAACCUAAGACAAAACAAAGAGCUCUAGAAUAUAAUCUCAAUUUUCUGAGGAAUUGGAGAAAUGAAGCAAAGGGCAAAGGAUUAGUUAUUACUAUAGAGUCAAACAAUCUCCAUAUAUUGAGGAAAUUGUUUAAAUUUCUAAAAGAAAAUGGAAAUACUCUUCCUAUUCAACUAGUAUUUAAAAGGAAUGUGACUCUAGCAAGGUUCAAGGAUGCAAUCAUUUCAUAUGCGGAGGAAUCUGAUCAACACGUAACAAUAAUUGAGAUAGAAGCACUCAUUGACGAUAGUUUCAAUAAGGGAACAUUUGUUGGUUAUGACGAUAAGUUUCUAGCAUCAAUAUUUAAUACAUUUGAAGAUGUGGUAAUGAUGGAUAUCGAGGUCAUACCUUAUGUAAAUCCAGAAGAGUUAUUGGAGAAUGAAGAGUAUAAAAAUUCCGGUUUAUAUAUGUGGCGAGACAAGUAUCUGGGGGCUUUGCUGCAUGCGUAUAUAUGUACGGAUGUUAUGAAAUCACUAGAGCCAUCCAUGGAUGAAUAUAAAACAAUUGGUUCCAAAUUUCCUCUUAGAAUGAAUGACCCACGCCUCACAGAUACAUCAGAUCCCAUGGGUGCUAUACUUCAUGGGUAUUAUAACCUAUAUUUAAUGCAUCAAGUUGAUGGGGGUGUUAUAUUGUUGAACAAGAAGCAAAAGUUAGGUGGACUAAUCAUGGGUAUGGUUAUGAACAUGCACAGGGACUAUGCUCACUGUUCAACCGGUACAAAAGAAGCGUUCUGGUUUGGUCCAUACGUUGCUGGAAUGGAAUUUGCAGUAGGCACUAUCGACGCAGGUAUAAUAGGACCAAUUAGACGCUCAACUAUAGAAGAUAGACUUGGUGUUCCCGAAAUAUGUUCCAACCAAGUAAUACAUGUUGAUCAUGAAGAUAAACUGCUUUGGGGUAAAGGAACUUUCUAUGAAUGUGAGUCGGAUAAGUUACAAGAAAUAGAUAUUGAAAGCGAAGUUGGUAUAAGAAAAAGAUCGCUACCAAGCACAGAUGUAAAUGUUGUGAGAAGAGAUGAACAACAGUUUGCCAGCAAGGAGCCCAAACGCGGGUUUUUAGCCAUCACAGGUUUUAUAAUUCCAUCUAGAGUAGUCAAGAAAUGGAAGUACAGAAUUGGGAGCUCAGUAGAGUAUUACUGUACAUUUGUUGACAGGAUAGGUGACGCCGACAGUAAGCUGGUACGGUUUGACAAGAAGACUAAGAGAUUUGUCAACCAUCUAGCCCAGAUAUGGAGGGAAACAAAAAUAUCUGUAGGUUAG